ACCACUGUUACAUCUAUUUUCAAAAAGAAAAGAACAACCAGCCAAAGCCUCUAAGGAGACUCAUACUUCAUCUCCGGCACACUUAGCACUUAAGGCAGGCCAAGUUUGACACAGCCCAACAAGUUCCUCCCCCCAGCACAGAUUGUUGUGAUAUGUCGUAUGAUCAUUUGCCAACAAUCACUGGCAUGUACUGGCGAUCAUCUAAGCUCCCAACCAUCACAACCCUACUGACCGGCGCUCCAGCAUCACCACUUUUCAACACUCAGACAUAGAGCUUCGUACACGACUCCCGUCAGACCUAGCAAUACCGGGUACACAAGACUGCAAUGGACUCACUUGAUCGGGUGUACAAAGCAUCCACGUCGAAAGGCGCUCAACGAGCGGCCAUCAACUUGAGCCUCUUAUUGGGCGGAUGUAUUCCUUUGUUGCUCAUAGCGACAGUUUCAACGGCUUUAUUCUAUCGAAGUUACAUGCCUGAACAAACCAUCAGUGUCCCGGUAUAUCUCCAAUAUGGCUCCGGACGUGACCCAUUUGGACUCGCCGAUCUCGCAGAUACGAAUCUGAAGACGCAGCAGGCAUACGACAUCAGUGUUCUUUUAACUAUGCCCUUGUCGCCGACGAAUGUUGAGCGUGGCAACUUCAUGGUCGUCAUGUGUCUCCUGAACGGCGAAACGGCGCCUGCGGCCAGCACAGGAACCCAGCGCGAUGCAGAUGGUCCAUUGCCAUUUGAUGGGCGGAGCAUCGUUCUUCGAUCACGCCGCCCAGCACUGUUGCCUUAUAGAGACCCAUGGAUCGUUGCGGCUUCUCGUCUCGUCUUUCUGUUCUAUCACCUUGUCGUGCCCAAGUCGCAAGUCUUAACAUUAAGCGUACCAAUGGCACAUAAGAUCCUCCUGGCUUCCCAACAGUCCGCCAUGCCCACUGCCGCAUAUGUUGAGAUCCAGGCUGGUCAAGAUUUACAGACAUACGAGACGUCGAUUGUCAUUACAGCCCAGCUUCACGGUCUGCGUUGGGUUAUGCAUCACUACCGACUGCUUUCAUUCAUCGUGGCUACCGUGCUAUUCUGGGCAGCCGAGAUCACCUUCAUGAUACUUGCUUGGCUGAUCUGGGGCAGGUCGACAACAAGCACACUUCCUCAAUCUUCGGUACCAGGAGGCACUGCCCCACGUAUAAUCAUUAAGACAGAGGACAGGGAGUUGGAUGAGUUCUCUGAUGUUCCCCGGACCUUUCCUACCUUGAGUAAACAAUCACCACUCAAGUACGAGCCACAGCUUAACGAGGAGACCCCGGGAUUGCGACUACAAGACCAAGCAAUUGCCGGUGUCGACGCGGACGAUGAAGGAGACGGAGAUAAGCAGGAUAUGUGGAGGGGUGACUCUGGUAUUGGUACAAGCUACAGCGAGGCAGGAACAGGCAGUGGCGUGAAAGACAUCAGGCGUCGAUCGUCGAACCGCCGCAAGCACGAACCGUGAGCAAGGUACUGAGGACUGGGACGUUGAAGGUGUCAGUGGCAUGAAACAUUCCGCCCAGUUUCAACGUAGAUAGCGAUGUGGCUGCAUAAAGCAGUGACAAUCCGCAAUCCGCACUUCAGAUCGCCUAAUCAAACAAAUGGUUUCCGCUCCUUGA